CAAUUUCAUUUCUUUUUGUAUAUAUAUUGAUUGUUUCACACUCAGCAACACAACACAACACCGCAAAAUUGUGGUUUAUAAUCAAUCCCUUCUCUUCUUUCACUAUCUCACACCAACCUUCUUCAUUCCACACGCAUCUCUAACAACACUACCAUCGUAACCUUCAUUCUCUUUCUCUAUGGCGGCAGAACUUUACACCGCCACAACCUUAAAGCCCUACAAUCUCCUCCAACCCUCAACUUCUUCCCCUUCCCCUUCCCCUAAAACACUGUUCUUCACCCCUUUAAGAAGUUUCCCUCAUAGCAAAAUCCUUGAAACCCAAAGAACAAGAAAAUCAACAUGCUUCACCGUUUGUGUUCUAACGGAAGAUCCAAAACAUACAUCCCAGUUGAAAACUGAGGAAGAAAUAGUUGCACAAAAAUUGGCUAGAAAGAAGUCUCAAAGAUUCACUUACCUAGUUGCAGCUGUAAUGUCUAGCUUUGGUGUCACUUCUAUGGCAAUCUUAGCUGUUUAUUAUAGAUUCUCAUGGCAAAUGGAGGGUAGUGGAGAGGUUCCUUGGUCUGAAAUGUUUGGCACAUUUGCUCUCUCAGUCGGUGCUGCUGUAGGUAUGGAAUUUUGGGCUAGAUGGGCUCAUGAGAUUCUAUGGCAUGCUUCCCUGUGGCACAUGCAUCAGUCACAUCAUCGACCAAGAGAAGGAGCAUUUGAGCUUAAUGAUGUUUUUGCAAUAAUCAACGCUGUUCCUGCAAUUGCUCUUCUCUCAUAUGGUUUUUUUAACAAGGGAUUGCUGCCUGGUCUCUGUUUUGGUGCAGGUCUUGGAAUUACGGUGUUUGGGAUUGCCUACAUGUUUGUCCAUGAUGGAUUGGUUCAUAAGAGAUUCCCUGUGGGUCCUAUUGCCAACGUGCCCUACUUCACAAGAGUUGCUGCUGCUCACCAAUUUGUUUGCAGCUCCACCAUUCGGACAAAUUUAAAGGGGUGCCAUAUGGACUCUUUUUAGGACCAAAGGAAGUUGAAGAAGUGGGAGGGAUAGAAGAGCUAGAGAAAGAGAUAAGUAGGAGAACAAGAUCAUAUACUGGCUCAUGACAAAUCAACUAGUACUAGAGAUGUUUGAAAGAAUUUUGAGUGUGGAGAUUCGAUUAAUGCAUGAAAUGAUUUGAAUGUGUUUGUACAGAUUUAGACUUUUAGUAAUAAGAUACAGCAGGAUGUUCUUUUUAUUACAUCACAGCAGGUUAUUUUAAUACAUGAAACAGUGAGUGUCAUUUUGUUUAAAAGAGUAGUUAAUCUUA